AUGUUGGCUAAGCAACUCGGUAUGAUCGAUCCGGAAGAGUUCGAUUCGAAUGGUUUACCUCUUACGGCUCGGGCUGUAUUCAUCAUUGGACCGGACAAGAAACUGAAAGCAAGUAUCCUCUAUCCAGCUACUACCGGCCGCAAUUUUGAUGAAAUCCUUCGAUUGCUCGAUAGUCUUCAGCUCUCGGCUCGAUUGCCGGUUGCUACACCGGUCGAUUGGAAAGUUGGACAGAAAGUAAUGGUUCCUUCCAAUGUUAGAGAUGAAGAUAUCAAGAAACAUUUACCACAGGGUAUAGCAAUUCAAGGUGGUCUUCCAAGUGGCAAAAUUUAUAUUCGCAUGACCGAAGUCUAA